AUGGCCUCCUUUCUGACAGUCUGUAGCGAGAGCAUGCUGGCGAGGAACCACGCUUAUUUUCAGCUUAGCCCAAGUUUAAAUUUCAACAGAGAUCCCUGGAUUACUGCCCAGGAGCGAUAUCUAGAUGGAUUAAGCGAUGAACACAAAGCUCUCUAUAAGGAGGCUUCGGUGGAGAAUCUUUUUUACAGUACCAGCGCAGCACAAUUCAAACACGAAAAGAAUAGCAAGUCUAGAGCUGCGGCGAAAAAACUUCAGCCGCUCAUUGCUGCAAUCACCCAAUAUGGCGGUGCUUUAGAUGUUCUCUCCAACACUUCUACCCUGUUCUUUUCACCCAUCUGGGGGGGCUUGCGGGUUCUUUUGCACAUAGCAGGCGAGUUUGACAGAUAUUAUUCAAGGCUUAUCGAUAUGCUAGAAAGGAUAGGGGAUGUGAUUCCCCGAUUUAAAGCUUAUGAACGUCUCUUCCCAAAUCACGAACAACUACUGUAUUCACUGUCAGUCGUAUAUCUUGAUAUAAUCAAUUUCUGCGUAGACGCGAAGAAUGUCUUUCAAAAAGUCAAAAACCGCAAACGAUCUCGAUUUUCCUUCCCCGGGAGUGGCUUACGGGCUCUCAAAGUAGUCUGGAAGCCAUUUGAUCAGGAAUUCGGGAGUAGAAUCGACAGAUUCCGCAUGCAUUCCGAGAGAGUAGAUGUGGAAGCACAGAUCGCUCAUAUGGCCGAACAAGCCAACGAGAAUAGACGACAAGGCAAUGAAAGAGAAGCUCAGGCCCUCGAAAGGCAUGCCGCCGCAAAGGGAAGAGAACGGCAGCUCCUUUUGCACAAGGAGCAAGCGGGCCAGAAUAUAUUACAGAAGUUAUCACUGUAUGAGCCAGAAUACAAGCAUCGCAUUAUAAAGAAGGCGCGCAUCGAGGGUACUGGCAGAUGGAUGCUAGACUCUCCGGAGUUUGUGGCAUGGCUAUUGGAUCCAAGAUCCUCAUGUUUAUGGUGUUAUGGGAUCCCUGGAUCUGGAAAAACGAUUGUGAGUACCACUAUUAUCGAUUCAAUCAUAGAUGAUCACCUCCUAGAUGGAAGCUCUUUGAUCUGGUUUUACUGCGACUAUUCGGAACAAAAAACACUUGACCCAUCAGAGAUCGUUGGGAGUCUGAUAAAACAGCUACUGAACAUUCGACUUUUGGAAGUUAAUAUCGACUUACGAUUGCAACUGGAGAAAAUCUACGAUAACGAUCGUAUUCCAGACUUAGAUGAACUCUUUGACAUGCUCUUGCGAGUAAUUUCGAAAUUUCCAAAGGUUUUUAUCAUCAUUGACGGUUUAGAUGAGUGUAAAGAGAAGGAUCGAGAACUCUUAUUCCCGUGGCUCAAGAAGUUGCACAACAACUCCUCAACUCUUGUUAAGCUCAUGAUAACAAGCCGAGAUGAGGUCGACAUCCGGAAGGCGAUCGGGGGCACACCAUCAAUCCAAGCAAGUAAAUCCAAUACCUCUUCGGAUUUGGCAAUUGUUGUAGAAGAACUAGUCAAGGAGAGACUGGUAGGGCAGAGAGAUUGGUUAAAGGAUCCUUGUCUGGUUCAAGAGAUAAUCGAUGCGCUUGUUGAUGGAGCAGAGGGAAUGUUUAUCUGGGUUAGGUUUCAACUUGACGAUAUCUGCGAAGAACUCUCUGAAGAGGGGGUAAGAAACGCUCUAAAAUGCCUACCACAUGGGUUGAAAGAGACUUUCAUAAGAGCAAUGAAAAAGAUUACGCUACGGGGACAGACACAAGUUUCGGCGGCAAAAAAGCUGUUUAUGUGGCUAUCUUGUGCAAAACGGGUGCUUUCGUUGGAAGAGAUGCAAGAAGCGGUAGCGAUCCUUCCGCACGACAAGGAUCUUGAGAAAAAAAGAAUUCCAGAUAGUAUGCGGCUUCUCCGGGCAUGCGGGAGUCUUAUUAUCUACGAUUCUCAGGAACACACAAUAAGGUUUGCGCAUUAUUCUGUGCAACAGUUCCUCUCCGCCCCAGAUUCGUUGAACACUAUCCCCGAAUUUCACUUCUCCCAAGCAGAGGCGGAUAUCGAAGCCGGCCGAAUUUGCAUGACCUACCUGAAUUUCUCUGCAUUCCAGGUUGCAGUGGCCACUUACAACAAUCUUUCAAAAGAGGAGACACGACUUCUUCAGCUACCACCGACUCAGUGGGUGCCCCAAAUCGCCAACUUUAGUGGAAACCAUCCAACUCUAUGGAACCUCUUCAAGGGGAUCAGCGGUAGCGGUACCGACGCCCCUACCAUUAAUUUCAAUGAAUACUUGCGUUAUGUCGAAAAGCCUAGCAAGAAUCUCAUGGAUGGAUACAAACUUCUCGAUUAUGUUAUUAAAUAUUGGUGUCCACAUACUGCAUUGAUUUAUAUGGAGGUCGAUGGGGAGGAGAUCGGUCAGUUUAGAGAGCUUGCAUUCGAAAGAAAACUUUUUUUCAAAUUCAGACCCUGGGGAGAGGGCAAUGAAGCCUCUCAUAUGAAAGAUCCUUUUAUCUGGGCGCUUGAAAACAGCCAUGAGACUUUGGUGAAACUCACGUACGCGAAACUCUCGAGCAAUACCAUUAGCAGGCUUCUCGGAUAUAAUGAGCAUUACUGGUCAUCCCUCGCAGUUGAGAAUGGUUUCGAGCGGUCAAUAAUCGAAAUAAUUAAGUUCAUUCCCACACCACGCUUCGUUCCUGAUUAUAGACCUGUCCACAUCCCCCGGUAG